AACUAAAAUAUAUUUUCCCUUUGACAAAAUGAAGAGGAGUAGUUGUCCUACUUGUGCCCACAACCUUUAUUUGGUUAGGUUUCUCUGCUCCUUCAAAGCAGUCAACCUUCAUUCAUCAUAAGGAGUCAAAUGAAUACAUACAAAGUUUUAAAAUAAUAAUAAUAAAAGUCAAUAAAACAAAACUUUAUGGUUUAGUUUAGAUGAUUGACUCAUGAUAAGUUGCACAAUAAUUGAAUUUUGAACUUUUAGUGAAUAAAAAGGAAAAUAUAAAUAAAAUUGAGAACAAUUUAAAGUGAUUUUACAAAAAAGGUAAAAAAAAAAAUAUGAUUAAGGAUGCACGUGUUUUUGUGCGUGAACGAACGAUAGAGAUAUAUUCGAUUUAUUUCAGCCGAUGUAAUAUUGUAUAAACUCUUUUUUUUUUGAGUAUAGAAUUGCAAGCGAGUAUUAUAUAUAUUUUUAAAAAUAAAUGAAGAAAUACAUCAUAUAGAAACUCACUUGCAUAAAAUACUUCAUUAACUCUAUAUUUCUUUCUUUUAAAAACCAAACAAAAAAAAACUAUCUUAAAAUAUUUCUCACCAAAAUUAAUUUAAUUAAAUAAAAGAAAGUUCCAUUUUCUUCCCACCAAAAGGUUUCAAAUAUAAAUUGCUCUUUUUUUUUUUUUUUUUUUUUUGUCAACAGAGCAGGUGCUGCUAAUCCAUAUUUUAUCCAUUUUGGAUAUAUUUAUCACUCACUUUUACUUUAUGGACUUGGUCUUUUCUCAUUUUUGAUAUGUUUGACCUUUAUGCCCCUACAUUUUUCUCCCCAAAAAUCAUUAUACAAAUUCGAAUUAAAUCAAUAAAAUAGAAGCAUAAAUCAUUCUAACUCAAAAAUCACACCAACUCCAAUAUUCCAACUCACUCUCACAAUUCACAACUCUUUCAAAUUUCAAUUAGCUCUAUAAAUACUCAAUAGUUCAUCUCCAAUAUUUUCAUCACACCAAAGUCUUUCAAAUAUCAACUAAUAAUAAUAUAUAUAAUUGAAAUGGCUAAAUCCAUCAACUUUGUGUUCUUGAUUUUAGCUCUUCUUGCUUUUGCACCUCUUUGCUUAUGUCAUGUUAACACCUUUGGAGGCUACCUAUACCCUCAAUUCUACGACCGCUCUUGCCCGCAAGCUCAACAAAUCGUUAACUCUGUCGUUUCAAAAGCCGUUGCUAGAGAAGCCCGUAUGGCUGCUUCUCUUGUUAGGCUUCAUUUUCAUGAUUGCUUUGUCAAGGGAUGCGAUGCAUCGAUACUAUUGGACAGCGCUUCGGGCAUCAUAAGCGAAAAGGGUUCGAAGCCCAACAAGAAUUCAAUUCGCGGGCUUGAAGUGAUCGAUGAAAUCAAAUCAGAGCUAGAAAAACAGUGCCCUCAUACCGUUUCUUGUGCCGAUAUCAUGGCUCUUGCUGCUAGAGAUUCCACUGUUCUCGCCGGUGGUCCGAGUUGGGUGGUUCCGUUGGGAAGAAGAGACUCGAAAGGAGCCAGUUUGAGUGGCUCGAACAACAACAUUCCUGCCCCGAACAACACUUUUCAGACAAUUCUCACCAAGUUUAAGUUACAAGGAUUAGACAUUGUUGAUCUUGUUGCCUUAUCUGGAAGCCACACUAUAGGGAAUGCAAGAUGUGUCAGCUUCAGACAGAGGCUGUACAACCAAUCGGGGAACUCGAAGCCCGAUCCCACACUCGACCAAUCGUACGCCGCCACCUUGCGUACCCGUUGCCCGAAAUUCGGUGGGGAUCAGAAUCUGUCGUUCUUGGACUUGGUAUCUCCCACAAAGUUUGACAACAGCUAUUUCAAGAAUCUGCUGAGUUUUAAGGGGCUUUUGAGUUCUGACCAAAUUCUCGUGACGAAGAAUCAAGUUUCUUUCGAGCUCGUGAAGAAGUACGCUGAGAGCAACGAGGUUUUCUUCGAGCAGUUUGCCAAAUCUAUGGUGAAGAUGGGGAAUAUUUCUCCAUUGACUGGUUUUAAGGGAGAGAUUAGGAGCAACUGCAGAAAGAUUAAUGCUUGAUUAAUUAAUCAAAGUCCAUAUAUGUAUUAUGUAUUUAUUUGUCAUGUUCAUUUCAUUUUUCUUAUGUUUUUUUCUUGCUUUCAAUUAUUAAUGUUGUUGUUAUGCAUUUUGGUUAUGUUAUAAUGAGAAUCAUGUGUCUUAUUUUCCUAUU